AUGACCCAGUAUAAAACACCACACUGGGUACACAGCAGCUUCCACAGGGAGCAGAACUGUCCUGCCAUGACCUUUAAAGCCGACAGAAAUACAGGAACCUGCUCUUACAGUAACACAACUUCAGACCUCAAAUGUCAUUAAAAAAAAAAACAAAACAAAACUCUGGGACAGGAUGGAAACUUCGCAAGAGGAGGAGUCUGUGUCACAGGAUGUUUUUCCUCCAAGAGAGGAUGUGUAAAGGUUCAGUCAUCGCGGCACCGUGGGAGUGCUUCAAUCAGAGGCAGAUAUGAUGCGCUACAGUCAGAGGGGCGUGCGCAUGGAACCGGGCCCGGUGAUGUCGGGGUGACAGAUCAGAGUUCGUCUGCGUUUCGUUACAUUGAGUCUGAGGAACCUCGAAGUGUUUUUUGUUUUUUUGUUUUUUUAAUUUUUUAUUCUUGUAGGUGAUGAGGAGAGGCCUCGAGGGCACCAUCCUGCUGCUGGAGGCAAGUUCACGCUCUCGGUGCGAAAGAUCAAGAUGAGUGCUCGCUGGGUGUUCGUGAUCCUUGCGUGCUGCAGACUGUCUCACGCCAGCCAGCCCCAGGCCAGCCGCGCCUGCUAUGACAGGCUGACAACCGUCUGUGUGUCCGCCGGAGAAAACGUAUCCGUGUCAUGUCCAAAGGCAGAAGGGGAAGAGGUGACAUACAACCUUUUUCAGAACGAGGAUCUGGUUUACAACCACACAUGCAACCCCGGUGCCUGUACGGCACAGUGCACUUCCACUGUGGGUCUGCACGAAAACACAGAGAACAAAUCGGUCAGUUUCGUGCUCAGCGUAGUGAACGCCAGCAGCCAUUAUGUCUACAGAUGCGAGAGGAAAGUCUCCUUCCCUCCUCCCUUUAAAACAGAACCAAGUGAUUUGAUCCUUGUACUCGUGGAAGGACACCAUUGCAAUAUAACCCAUGAAACCCCUGUAAGAACAGUACAGUACUGUGGAUUUUACUGGAUUUUGAUUGUUGCAAUUGUCAGCCUCUACAGCGUAAUUGCCACCGUAAUCGCCAUCUUCAACUGGGUCAAGUUGAGGAGGACGGACUCCCAGAGUGACUACAUGAACACCAAACCCAAACCAGCAAAGGACCGCAGGAAGAAGAGAGGGGUUCAAAAUGGAUUCCCACGACACUUCUGAUUACCUGCGCACCAUGGGAUUAUUUGCACACCCCUCAUCACCUUUUAUUUAAAAAAAAAAAAAAAAAAUGGAGGGGGACCCUCGUCGUAGUUUGCCCUAAAUGGAACAUUGCUUGUGAGGCUGUGUCUGCCGGUAGUUUCAGCAGAAGUAGCAAAUCUUUUACAGUUGUACUGAGAACAAAAAAAAAAAAAAAAAAAAAAAACAAUAAAGAAAAAAAGAAAGAAAAAAAACCCAUCUCACCCAA